AUGUCAGCAACAGACAUUCAACAGCUUAAAGACCAAGUCCAUGAGAAUAUGCAAGGAGCUGUCACCAUUGUUGUACUUGGUGCAUCGGGUGAUCUUGCCGGCAAAAAGACAUAUCCUGCUAUCUUCAGCUUGCUUCGUAAUGGGUUAAUGCCCGAGAAUGUCCAUGUCACUGGUUAUGCACGCUCAAAGUUGGAUCGCGACGAGUAUGUAAAGCGUAUCACAGCUCAUUUAAAGGAUGCUAGCGAAGAAGACAAGAACAAGUUUUUGGAAGUGACCGAUUAUGUCAGUGGCCAAUAUGAUCAAGACGACUCGUGGAAAUCACUCAAUGAACACCUUGACAAGCUCGAGGAGAAGCGUGGAUUGAAGGAAGGUCGAAGGAAUCGCGUGUUUUACAUGGCAUUGCCACCCUCUGUCUUUGUCACUGUCGCCCGUGGUUUGCGUAAAUUCGUGUACACCGACAAAGGACAUAAUCGCAUCGUCGUUGAAAAGCCUUUCGGUAAAGAUUUGGAGAGUUCGACUGAGUUGGCCAAGGAUUUGGGCGAGUUGUUUAAAGAAGACGAGAUUUAUCGUAUCGACCAUUAUCUCGGCAAGGAAAUGGUCAAGAACAUUUUGCCGCUACGUUUUGCCAAUAUGAUACUGGAUCCAACCUUUUGCAACAAGACCGUUGACAAUGUUCAAAUCACUCUCAAAGAGCCCUUUGGCACUGAAGGACGCGGGGGUUACUUUGACGAAUAUAACAUCAUCCGUGACGUGAUGCAAAAUCACUUGCUUCAGGUGAUGUCUCUUAUUGCCAUGGACAAGCCUGCUGGUAAUGAUCCUGAAUCCACACGUGAUGCCAAGGUGAAGCUGCUGCGAAAAGUGAAACCCAUUGAUAUCAAGGAUACAUUGUUGGGCCAAUACGUGGCUAAUGGUGAUAAGCCCGGCUACAAGGAUGAUGAUACAGUGCCCAAUGACAGUGUUUCGCCUACGUUUGCUGCCCUUGUGUUGUAUGUGGAUAAUGACCGAUGGCGUGGUGUGCCGUUUAUUAUGAAGGCUGGAAAGGCUUUGGAUACAGCAAAGGUCGAUGUGCGGUUGCAGUUCCGAGAUGUUGAGGAAGGGUUAUUCAAGCAAGCUGCAAGGAACGAGCUCGUGUUACGUAUUCAACCUGGCGAGGCAAUUUACUACAAGCUCAAUAACAAGAGCCCUGGUUUGACCUACCGCCAAAUUGUCACUGAUCUUGAUCUUACAUACAAGGAUCGAUACAAGGAUAUGAGUAUCCCGGACGCAUACGAAACACUCAUCCUCGACGUGAUGCGUAGUGACCACUCCAACUUUGUUCGUGAUGAUGAGCUUGACGCUGCAUGGAGGAUCUUUACGCCACUGCUCCAUAAGAUUGAUCGAGAAAAGAUUCAACCCAAACCAUAUCCUUAUGGCAGCCGUGGUCCACAAGAAUUGGAUGACUUUGUGACACGCUAUGGUUUUAAGCGUGAUACCAAAGCACCUUAUGAAUGGCCUGUCCAAAGUGUUGGAAAGUAA